AUGGGUACAUAUGAUGAUUGGAUCCGCCUUCAGGACGACGCCCACAGAGUUAUGAACGAAAGACAGGACGGGCAGAACAUGAGGGAUUGGUGUGCCCGUUCCCUAGAAUUUUGGAAACGGUUUGAUGAUUCUAUGUUAACGGCUCAGAUGUGGAUCACAAUGCUGGAUGAGGAUGUGCAAAGGGAACUGACGCGUGCGCCUCAGCCUCAAACGCUGUCAGAGGCAAUGGAAAUGGCCGUCCGUUUCGCAGGUAUAUUAUCGCGCGAGAAGGAGCAUGAGACCGAUAAGGAACGUGGUCGAAAGCGCGCCGGCAGGAGAAACCCUACUCUCACAGAGCAAACUGCUACACGGAAACGCAAACGCCAACGCUCCUCCACGGGCCCGUCGUUUUCAAAGAUCCGUCGGCACCGAAGACAGCGCCCAGAAGGGCCGCGAUAG